GGCUGCUUGAAAAAAACAGAUGAAAUAAAAACUGGCGGAAAUGUGUAUUAUACAAAAACCAGACCUGUGAGCCUGAGGCGAGACGCACGGAUGACCUGGGGAGCUGAUUAAUGAGGCAAACCAAAGGAAGCCCAGGCACCUCUGAGAGGGAGACACCCUCUCAGCCAAGUACUCAACAUGAGAAGGCUUCUGCUGUGCAGCUGCCGGAGAAGCAGGGGAUAGAUCAAAGCAGGAGAGGACCAACAUCUGUGGCAACCAAAGCAAGCGCAAGUUACCCCGAGUCAGAAAUCUUCAUCGUGUAUUUGUGCAGUUACUUUUGGAACUCAAGUAAAGGACUUUACAUGUCAGGUUCCACCUGAAUUCCUUCCAUGCUUUUCAGCGACUGAACCGUUUGGGUGGCCUGGAAGAUCUUGUGAGCUCCCUAGAGAGAGGAGAGACAGUGUGGAUGGAGAAGAAUCUGGAGGAGAGAGAAGUCUGGGGACCCUGCCUUUCAAGUCUUUUGUGUGAGGGCUGCGUUGGUGGCCUCACUAGCCAGGGAAGGGCUAUGGUAUGCAGGGUCAGGCGGGAAUAAGCAGGAAAUGUUUGUGAUAAGAGGCUUUGCUUCAUUCAAACUCCUCCUGUUUCCAGACCCAGCUGCAGGAUAAGGGCCCAUGAACUGAGCAGGGAGCCUUGGAGGAGGCUGCUGCCAGAGCUAGCCUUUGGGAUUGCAGCAGGAAGAGUUGGAAUCGGAGGCCCCUGGGGGCCCUGAAGUCCAUGCCCGGGGAUAGAAACAACCCUGGGAAUCCAGCCAGGGCUGUCUUCCUUUGGGAUCAGGAAUUUCAAUCAUACUUCAGAGGGCCAAAUCAAUCCCUUAAGAAAAAUAAAAGAAAACAAACCC